UAUUGAUGCAGGUGAGCUGGGAAAUAGCGCCAAGGGAGGGUUCUCGCAUUUAUUAGAUUCAAAUGAAAUGAAGGGUGUGAGCACUCCGUUGAGCACUGCCGUGAUAUUGCCUUCUCCAAUUUUGCUAUGGAGAUUCAAGGUAUUGUUGUUUUUCAUCUGGGGUUUUGGUUGUUCCAAGAUUGGAUGGGAUUCUGUAAUGAGAAUGAGUGUGGACUUGCGGGAUCUAUUUCUAUAUGAGGCAUUUUUGUAUUAUAAUCCUCUUCUUCUUGUGACUAUGAUGGUUUGGCUUUGGGGAGUAAAUUUAUGGGUCUUUGCCUUGGCUAGUGUCCCUUAUUCUAAGAUUUUUGACCUUGAUCAAAAUCAUCUUACUCACAGAGAAAUAUGGAAGUGUGCCACCUGGAUGACAAUUGUUGUCCCAACUAGCAUGACAGCAUAUCUCUAUCUUUAUUCUCAUGGAGAAGUUUUAUUGGCUGCAUUCCAACCAGUGCUCCUGUAUGCCGCUGUUGCAACGGUUCUAUUAUUUCCAUUUGAUAUUUUUUAUUUGUCAUCUCGGUACUUCUUAUUGAGGACUCUCUGGCGGAUAGUGUUCCCAUUACAGGCAAUAUCAUUUGCUGAUUUUUUCUUGGCUGAUAUUUUAACCUCUAUGGCAAAGGUAUUUUCAGAUUUGGAGCGUUCAGUCUGUAGAAUGGUCCAUCAACAGGUUGCCACUAUUGCUUGGUUCGAGGCUGAUUCUGUUUGUGGCAGCCACUCUGUUGCAAUCCCUGUAGUUCUUGUUUUGCCUUAUCUCUUCCGUUUUUUCCAGUGUCUUCGACAAUACAAGGAUACUGGGGAGAAAACCACCCUUUUGAAUGCUUUAAAAUAUUCGACCGCAAUACCGGUGAUUUUUGUUUCAGCCCUUAAAUAUCAUGCCUUGCCUGAUAGGUGGAUGAACAUUUAUCGGCCUUUGUGGCUUUUUUCGAGUGUUUUGAACUCUCUGUACUCUUUCUACUGGGAUGUGACCCGAGAUUGGGACUUGAGUGGCUUCACUAGGAUUUUCAAGUUCAGCAAGCCACAUAUCUGCUCGCACCUGUUACAUGGGCAGACAUGGGUUUAUUUUUGGGUAAUAGGAAGCAAUUUGGUCCUGCGAUGCACGUGGACAUACAAGCUCUCCGCCCAUCUCCGCCAUAAUUACCUUACUGUAUUUGCCAUCACCGCGUUGGAGAUGCUCCGUCGCUUUCAGUGGGUUUUCUUUCGCGUAGAAAACGAGUGGAAUAAAAUGAACGCCAAAACAAGCGUUCCGCUUCCGUUGAGUGAUUUGUUGAAUGAGGAAGAUAAAUUACUUAAAUCCAACGACCAUGAUGUAUAGAAUAGGCCGAAAGAGAGUAUUGCCAUGCCACGUUUGCAGCAGCAACAUUUUAUUCUUCUUCUCCAUACAUUGGUAGAAGGGUUAAUACCCAUUUUGAAUUGCAAUCAUUCAUUUAUAAGAAUGUUACUUUUAAGCUUUUUUUGUUGUUCAUCAUGGUAGUAUAAGUUAAUUGAUGAUUACAAUAUCAAAAUAUGUUAUGUAAGUCCAUUUUAAUUGUUCUGAUGAUGCUACUUUGAAA